UUUACUAUUGCACUCUUCCGCUUUGUCAAUGUUUGGGCGUCGAUCAGGCGGCGGCGGCGGCGGCGGCAAUCUGGGCGGCUACGACGACGACGACAACGCGCCUGCGGAUGCGACGCUGCUGUCGAUGGACGAGUUUCACAGCGACAAUGAUGAUCAACCCACGCGCACUCGCACUCGCACUCGUCGCGAUGAGGACGACGACGAUGAAGAGGACGUCGUGACCUUCAGUAGUGCAAAGCCAAAGCCAAAGCCAAAGCCAAGCAAGCUCAAGCCAACGCCAGUGCGCUCCAAGCAGUCCUCCGCUUCAUCAUCUUCGUCAUCUUCAUCAUGGUGCAGGCCAGUGUCCGAGUGGUGGCGCAGUCUCGCAGUCCUCUCCAUUGUCAUUGCAGUCGGAUUCGGACUCGGCUACCUCGUCGCUACACUCUGCGCGUCGUCGCCCGGCGCAGAGCCAAACAAGCAACCAAGCGCAAACACAACCACAGACACCGGCAUGGACAUGGAGGAGGCAAUCGAAGCUGCCAUGGCGCACGUCAAUCCCGACAACAUCAAGCGCUACUUGAGCAACUUUACGCUGGAAAACCACAUUGCUGGCUCGGACGGCCUGCUGCGACUCUCAAAGUGGUCGGCUGCCACGAUGCAGGGCUUUGGCGGAUUCUCAUCGGUCAAGCAGUAUUCGUACGACGUCUUGCUCAACUACCCGUGCAGCGACCGCCAGAGCACUGUGCAGCUGGUCGCGGGGGCGGCUCUGACGCCAUUCCUGCAGCUCGACCUUUCGGAAAAGUCGUAUGAUGCCGUGAGUGACGACCUACCGCCGUUCGUUGCGUACAGUCCGUCUGCUGUUGCCGUUGGGCUGCCCGUGUACGUCAACUAUGGCCGUGUGGAGGAUUUUGCCGAGCUGGCCACCCUUGGCGGCAACGCCACCGGCUGCAUCUGCCUGGCCCGCUACGGCAAAAUCUUCCGUGGCGACAAGGUCAAGGCCGGCACCGCUGCAGGCUGCGCGGGCAUGCUCAUCUUUUCUGAUCCCGCCGACUAUGCUCGCGAUCGAACCAAAACCUACCCGAGCGGCCCUUGGCUCCCAGCGGACGGCGCUCAGCGCGGCUCCAUUUUCCUCGAGUCUGGCGACCCGCUCACGCCAGGAAUGCCAGCGCUGGACGGUCUGUUCAAGUACCCCAUGGGCGACCCGCACGUCUCUCUGCCGAGCAUUCCAGUGCAGCCCAUCUCGUACACCAAUGCAGAGAUUCUCAUGCGAAAGAUGGGCGGGCCCCUUGCGCCCGCAGCGUGGAUUGGCGGCUUGUCGGUGCCAGAGUACCGCGUCGGCCCUGGCUUUGCUGCUGCUUCUUCUGCGGAUCAGGGUGUUUCCGACGACAAGAUCCGACUCGACGUUUGCUCAGAAAUGGCCGUCCGGAACAUUUACAACACGAUUGCCGUGAUUCGAGGGUCGGAAGAGCCCGACCGCAUCGUUGUUGCUGGAAACCACCAAGACGCUUGGGGCAACCGCGCUAUCGACCCAUCCACCGGGUCGGCGUGCAUGAUGGAGCUGGCCCGCAGCCUGUCCGAGUUGCUCGAGAUGGGCUGGCGUCCGAGGCGUACGAUCUGGCUCGCUUACUGGGACGCUGAAGAGUACGGUUUGAUUGGCUCCACCGAGUUUACAGACCAGUUCCGGGGCCACAUGGCGUCGCGAGUCGUGGCGUACAUGAACUUGGAUGUGGCGGUGGCUGGAACCGACGUGUUUGAUGCGGCUGCAACGCCGAAUCUGUCGGACCUCAUCUUCCGCUCGGCCAAGCGCGUCAUGCAGCCGACGUUGGACGAUACCGCCUCCCAGGAGUCCGUCUAUGAUGUCUGGGCGCGAGUUGCCGCGGCCAACCACAACAACAAUGGCGACGAGCCUCAAGUGUGGCCGUUGGGCUCGGGCAGCGACUUUACGAGCUUUCUCAGCCACCACGGCGUCCCUUCGUUCGACAUUCAGUUCACCUAUGCCGACCCGACUCUCUCUUCCUACCCCGUCUACCACGCCCAAUCGGACACGUUCGAGUAUGUCGCCAACGUGCUCGAUCCCGGCUUCCAGUUCCACGCGGCCAUCACGAAAAUCUGGAUUGGCGCGUUGGUCGAACUUGCCUCCGUGCCGGCCAUUGCAUUCAACUGCUCGCGCUACGCCAUUGAGAUCAAGCAGCACUUAUUCGAGGUCGUGGCGGCUGCGACCGCGGCUGGCAUUCCCGUUGACGCGAGCCAUGUAACGCCCAGCACGAGCAAGUUUGUGCUCGCCGCGCAGCUGUUUGAUCACAAGCUCGCGGCUCUGCCCGCUACCGUGAAGCCCCUGGUUCUUCGCGACUACAACGAUCGACUAAUGAUGCUCGAACGUCUCUUCCUGAUCGAAGAGGGCCUACCCGGCCGUGCCUUCUUCCGCCACAUGAUUUACGCUCCAGCUGCGCACGAUUCGUACGCGGGAUCCAUGUUCCCCGGUCUCACUGAUGCCAUCUACGAGAAGAACGUGCAAGAGUUUUCCCGUCAGCUCUCGUUCGUGACGAUUGCCCUGUCGCAGAUUGUGGACUUGCUGUCCGAGCCGUGAGAGGCGUGUGAUUUUAUUGUUUCCGAAAUAUUCAUGUUGUUACUCUUUUCACAGUCUCGUGCGUGUUAGUAC